GAUGAUCGCGACGAUCUCACGUGUUGCGUCUGUCUGGAUUUCUUUAAAAAUCCAGCGAUUAUUCCCUGUGGGCACAUUUUCUGUAAGGACUGCAUUACAGGUUUGUGGGAUAAAGACGUGCGCAGAUGUCCUCAGUGCAAACAAACCUGUUGUCACUGACUGGCUGCAGAUGAAGGAGCUUUCUGAGAAACUGAUGAAGAUGAGAGCAAAGGAGGAGGAUGAUGAAGAUGCUGAAGCACAUGGAGUCAGCUGUGAUUCCUGCACCUCCAGAAGAACCAAAGCUGUGCAAUCCUGCCUCACCUGUGUGUCCUCAUUCUGCAGAAGUCACCUGGAGAAGCACAAUGAUCUCCACGGAUGGAAGAAACACCUGCUGACCGAAGCCACGGAUCUUCAGAGCAAAACCUGCUCUCUUCAUGAGAAACUGAUGGAUGUCUUCUGUCGCACUGAUCAGAAGUGUGUCUGUCUGCUGUGUGCUAUACAUGAACACAAGAACCACGACACCGUCUCCGCUUCUGAGGAAAGAGCAGACAGACAGACGAAGUUAAUGGAAACACGUGAGAAGUUUCUGCAGAACAUUCGAGACAGAGAGAAGGAUUUCAAAGAGCUAAAGCAGGCAGAGGAGUCCGUCACAUGUUCAGCGCAGACGGCUGUCUCUGAAAGCGAGCGGAUCUUCAGUGAAGUGCUGUGCUCUGUUCAGAAAACAAGCGUCCGCGUGAAAGAGCUGAUCGCAGAGCGACAGAGAGAUGAACUCAGUCGCAUUGAAGGACUUCAGGAGAAAGUCCAGCAGAAGAUCUCUGACCUCAGGAUGAAGGUGUCUGAGCUCGAUCAGUUCUUGUCCACUGAAGACCACAUUCACUUUCUGCAGAAUUACCCAGAAUGCAUGUCUGAAGAAUUUGAAGAUCUUUCCAACAUUUCUGAAAAUCCUAAAGCAUUUUUUGGUAAUGUGGAGCUGCUGCUUUCUGAAAUGCAAGAGCGUUUGCUGGAUGUCAACAAAGAGACGGAGAUUAAGAUCAAAUCUGGAGAUGUGCCUCCUAAAGCCGAUGCCCCUGUCUCAUCAUUGUUUAUAGAUUUUGCCAAAAAAGAUGGGGAUUGGGACUGUGAAGUCUGCCUGGUGAAAAAUGAAGGCAUGUCUAGCUAUUGUGUCUCCUGCCAGACGUCAAACCCAAAUAUGAAAAGCAAAAGCACUUUUGCAACGGGAUUUACGUUUGGUUUUGGUAGUUCUCCCAACCAACCUGCUACAGCAGGACCUCUAAAUGCAGGUUUUAAUCAGAGUAAGGAGAAAGCAUUUUGGACCUUCGGUGCUGCUUGCUCCACGUUUGGCAGCAGGCCUUAAUCUGUUCUCGAAUAUGAUUGAAAGACAGAAUGGCUCAUGCAGAUGAACUUACUGUCUGUAAUUCUCCUCUGAUACGCCUCCCUUCAUUGUCAAUCACCACUGAUGACAUAAAGGUGUUGUUUGUUCUCACCCGUGCGAUUGUGAAACCACCUGCUUUCAGCUGACCUUCAAUUCAAGUUUAUUUGUA